AUGAAAGAUGAACCGAGAUCACCUGGUGAAUGUCAGAGGACUGAAAUGAUCCACGUUGCGGUUAAAAGUCUCACGGAGAGCAAAGACUUCACCGUCAGAGGAGACUGCACCGUCAGACAGCUAAAAUGGGGUCUAUCAGAUCGCCUGGGAGCCUCAGCAGAGCAGCUGGUGCUGAUCCAGUCCGGCCGGGUCCUCAGAGAGUCAGAGAUCCUGAGUCACCUUAAAGGGCAGAAUGAGUCAGUCAGCCUCUGCAUGAUCCGAAGGCCUCAGCGUUCCUCUGCUGCACCCACCAGUGAUCCAGCUUCAGAGACGGUCCAAUCAGGGCUCACAGAUGUUCUCGACUCUGAUCAUGAUAUCCUCACACCAUCUCCCACCUCUCCCCUCUGCCUGGUGGAAGGACUGGACAGUCUUGGCCUAACAAACAGUGGGCCUGGCUUCUUCCCUGCACUCCAACGCCAGAUGGAGAAGCAGCUGUUGGCUGACCCAGAGAUGAUGCACUCUGUUCUGUGCAGCCCCCUCGUGCAGAGCACCCUCUCCACCUCCAGCCCCCAAAUAACCAGACAGCUCAUUCUGUCCAAUCCCCAAGUUCAGCAGCUCCUAGAAACAAACCCAGAGGUGGGAGACAUGAUAAACAACACAGACAUCAUCACACAGGUGCUGGAACUCGUCAGGAAUCCUGACCUGAUAGAGGAAGUGAUGCGUAAUGAAGACAGAGCAUUAGACAAUGAAACCAUCACUGAUAACUCGGCUGGACCUCAGAAGACUGAGGUGAAAACACAGGAACGUAUGGUGACUGCAUCAUCUGGGAUUCGACAGACACCAAUAAGAGAAAGAGACCAGACACCUCCAUCCUCCAGUCACUCCACAGAUCCUCUCAGAGAAGUGACUGCCUCGCCCACAGCUGAUCCAAACUCUCAGAGCACUAAUACUGCAGGCAUGCAGUCACUGCUGGAGGAGAUCACAGCCAGUCCAGGUCUGAUGGAGAACCUGCUGUCUGGGCCGUACGUCAGCAGCCUUCUAAACUGCCUCAGCCAGAACCCUGACUUGGCUGCACAGAUACUGCUGAGCCACCCUUUGUUCUCAGGGAAUCCUCAGCUGCAGCAGCAGAUGAGACAGCAGCUCCCUCUCUUCCUGCAACAGAUGCAGAGUCCGGAGCUGCUCACAGCCAUGUUGAACCCCAGAGCCAUGGAGGCUGUGCUACAGAUCCAGCACGGCCUACAGACUCUGGCUGCAGAGGCUCCCGUCCUCAUACCUGCGACUGGACUCGGAAACAUUGGGGCCAAUGCUAAUAUUGCCCCUGAAUUUGCAUCUGACUCUGUGCCGAACAGCCAAUCAGGAAAUGGUCCUCAGGUUGCCACGGUGACAGAGCAGCAGCAGCAGUUUGUGCAACAGAUGCUACAGGCACUGGCUAACACCAAUAAUGUGGUCCAUCAUGAGGAGGCUGAGUUCCAGGAGGAGCUGGAGCACCUGAGCUCAAUGGGCUUCAGAGACAGACAGGCAAACCUUCAGGCCCUCAUCAGCACAGGAGGAGACCUCAACACUGCUAUACAACAUCUGCUUGGUCUCUGA